AGGGCCUUAUCUGAGCGGGUUCAUUUCCUUCUCUCGGCAGAAGCUCAGAAGCUCCAAUAGGAGAGCGAGGGAGCCGGAUGCCAUUACAGCCGCUGCCUCCAGUGGGAUCUCCUCCUCAUCCCUGUACAGCAGCGGAGAAACUUUCCUGCACAAUCAAUGAGUGGGACCCGCACAGUAUGAGCGCGUCUUCUUCCCGCUGUUCCUGCAGUUCAACUCCGCGCAGCUGAGGGGCCGCACCUGUCAAUGAAUUCCUAGUCGCCCCCUUCUUUUAUUUAUAACUAUUAUUAUUAUCACUACUGCACCGCAAUGGGAUUACCUCCUUUGGAAUUUAGCGACUGCUACUUGGACAGCCCCCAGUUCAGGGACAGACUGAAAUCGCACGAAACUGAGCUGGACAAGACCAACAAGUUUAUUAAAGAGCUGAUCAAGGACGGCAAGUCGCUGGUAGCCGCACAUAAAAAUCUGUCAUUUGCAAAGAGAAAAUUUGCUGGUUCACUGAAUGAAUUUAAGUUUCGGUGCAUUGGGGAUGCGGAGACAGAUGAUGAAAUCUGCAUUGCGAGGUCCCUGCAGGAAUUUGCUGCUGUACUGGGCAAUCUUGAAGACGAGAGGAUACGGAUGAUUGAUAAUGCUGGAGAAGUUCUGAUAACACCUCUCGAGAAGUUCCGCAAGGAGCAGAUUGGUGCCGCUAAGGAAGUGAAAAAGAAGUAUGAUAAGGAAACGGAAAAAUACUGUGGUAUGCUUGAGAAGCACAUGAGCCUGUCAUCCAAGAAGAAAGAAGUUCUCCUGCAUGAGGCAGACGUCCAGCUGGACCAGAUAAGGCAGAAUUUUUAUGAGGUGUCCCUGGAAUACGUCUUAAAAGUUCAUGAGGUCCAAGAGAGGAAAAUGUUUGAGUUUGUUGAACCACUGCUUGCCUUCUUGCAAGGCCUCUUCACCUUCUAUCACCACGGCUAUGAACUGGCCAAAGACUUCAGUGGCUUUAAAACACAGCUUUCCAUCAGCAUUCAAAAUACACGAGACCGGUUUGAAGGGACACGCUCUGAGGUGGAGUCAUUGAUGAAGAAGAUGAAGGAGAAUCCUCAUGAGCACUUGGCUCUCAGCCCAUUCACUAUGGAAGGAUACCUCUACGUUCAGGAGAAAAGGCAUUUUGGGACGUCUUGGGUUAAACAUUACUGCACUUACCAGAGGGAAACCAAACAAUUGACUAUGGUACCCUUUGACCAGAAGUCUGGAGGAAAAGUGGGAGAGGAAGAACUCGUUCAAUUGAAAUCCUGCAUACGGAGAAAAACGGAAUCCAUUGAAAAGAGGUUUUGCUUCGAUGUAGAAGGUGUUGACCGGCCAACAGUUCUAACGAUGCAGGCCCUGUCAGAAGAGGAGAGAAAGCUAUGGAUGGAAGCAAUGGAUGGACGGGAGCCAGUUUAUAAUUCAAAUAAGGACAGUCAAAGCGAAGGAACUGCCCAGCUGGACAACAUUGGAUUCGGCAUUAUUCGGAAGUGUAUCCAGGCUGUGGAAACAAGAGGGAUCAAUGAGCAAGGGCUUUACCGCAUUGCUGGGGUUAACUCCAGAGUUCAGAAGCUGCUGAAUGUUUUAAUGGAUCCUAAAAUCUCUCCUGAAACAGAAACGGACAUUCCAACAGAAUGGGAGAUAAAGACAAUCACCAGCUCACUUAAGUCAUACUUAAGGAUGCUUCCAGGACCCCUCAUGACAUACCAGUUUCAAAGAAGCUUUAUCAAAGCAGCAAAACUAGAGAACCAAGAUUCAAGAAUAAAGGAGAUCCACUGUCUGAUCCACCGCCUACCAGAGAAAAACCGACAGAUGCUCGACUUGCUAAUGACGCAUUUGGCAAACGUUGCUGCUCAUCACAAGCAAAACUUGAUGACUGUAGCCAACCUUGGAAUUGUUUUUGGGCCAACGCUAUUACACCCCCAGGAAGAGACGGUGGCAGCCAUCAUGGAUAUUAAAUUCCAGAACAUUGUGGUUGAAAUUAUAAUUGAAAACCAUGAAAAGAUGUUUUCCACCGUUCCGGAGAUGCCACAGACAAACUCCCAGCUGCAUUUGUCUCGUAAAAGGAGCACUGACUCAAAGCCGCCUUCCUGCAGCGAGAGGCCCUUAACGCUCUUCCAAACAAGCCAUUCCACUGAGAAAGAAGAGAAGAGGGACAGUGUGAAUUCCAGUGCAGAAUCUGUGAGUUCAUCCAAUGCUAAUAGCUCAAUCAACUCCACCUGUGCCCAGCGUUCUAAUAUGAAUAAUCUCAACGCCAAUGAUCCAGACUUGGAUGUGGCCAAAGUCAGCAGGCCCAAUUCCCUUUUAUUGAACCCAAGUCCAACGUUGCCCCCUACGUGCCCGAUGUUCUCUGCUCCAUCCAGUCCGAUGCCGACAUCUUCAACUUCCAGCGACGCUUCUCCAGUAAGCGUUCCAAGGAAAGCCAAGGCUCUGUACGCGUGCAAAGCAGAACAUGACUCAGAACUUUCUUUUUCUGCUGGCACUGUGUUUGACAAUGUUUAUUCAUCACAAGAGCCCGGCUGGUUAGAAGGGACGCUCAACGGGAAGACUGGACUCAUUCCAGAAAACUAUGUGGAAUUCCUAUAGCUUUAACUCCCCUGACCCACAAGGCUAAGCUUUACAUGGUAUCCAUGGCAAUUGCUGGAAGUGUUGACUGUUGUAUCUUUGCCUCUGUUAUGGUAAAGGUAAAGAACUUUUCAGCACCCAUUGCAGUGAAUAUCCAGUAUAUAUAUAUAUAUAUAUAUGUGUCCGCUGCUUUGGUGCCAGGGUGGUGCCCAAGGCAAAGAUAUUUGUAGAGAUCUGGCUCUGAUCUGCUAGUCGUUAUGUACAUGUAAAUGAUUUACGGUGGCUUUAAAAUUUAAACAGAGAUGCAUUUUGAUUAUUUUUUUUAAAGGGACCAUAUUAUUUUAUUUUUGUCAUUGGAGUUUACUUGUGUUAAAAACCACAGCAUCAAUCUUUUUAGCUUUACAGAUUGGGGCUAAAGAGAAUUGUAUGGCAGGCUGCUCAGACCAUGGCACUUGAAGGUGAUGGCUGCUCUCUAGCAUGUUUGAUUACUUCCCAAGUAUGGAGUCUGAAUGAUAAUCUGAGUGCAGAUUUUAAUGAUUUUGAAAUUUUCCCUUUUAUUGUCCGUGGCAACAUUUUAAUAAUACCGUUCCAGGAUACAUUUAACUGUUAGUCUGAUUUUGAUGAAGGAUUAGACUAAUUUGAUGACUUUAGAGAUCCUGGACAUAUCAGUCAAUAUUUAUUUAUUCGCUUUUUUAAUGAUCUUAACAGUUUGAACCCACCUGUUUCUUCUUUAAAUCCCUAGCUGCUCAGCCUCAUUUGUACUUGGGCUUUUUUUCUCUCUCUCUCUCUCUCUUUGAUGAACUAAUGUCUAAUAAACAAAGACUCUGGCUAAAUGGGUGUCCUGGGCCCGCUGGGGCUGCCACUCACAGCCCACACACCAGUAACAAGCUCCGGCUCCUACAAAAUUCAUCCCCAGCACAUAUCGCUUACAUUACUUCCCUCCUGUGAUUGCGAGUGGGGGAGCCACGGUGGCCGCAUGGAGAGAAGACCUUGGUCAGUAGGGGCUGUGGGCCCCACCAGGUUUUCUCCCACUGGUCUAGGUGCAGUUACAUUUGUAUCACUAAGAAAGCCAGUAAGGUUGCCACCCAGCCAGUAUUUGACCGGCCCAGCUAGAGGUGGGGCCAGUAUUUCUAAUAAUAUACCAUCUGCCGGUAAAUUUGUAGAUGCCAAUAUUCUUUUUCCCUCCUAAAAAGUUUGCUAAAAAAACUCCCUUUUAAACCCUCCAUCUCAUCUCCCACUGCUUGUAUUUACCCAAUAUGCUAAUUUCCCUGCUCCGAUGUCAUAUACCCCACAUUCCCCGCCCCAGUGGUCAUCAGCCUGCCCAUUCCCUGCCCCCGUGACAUCACCAAGCAGGGACUCCUCCUUAAGGCCCGGAAAAUAUUUACAAGAAUGGAGCAACCCUAAGGGUAAGGCACACUGGGCGAUUCGGGGAGAUUUAGUCGCCCCGAACGCCUUCCCUCUAUCUUGCACCAGCUAAAAUGAGAAAUUGCCUGCGCUAAAGCACACGUGGCGCUUCAUAUUCCGAAGUCGCCCGAAGUUUCCUCGUGAGGGAACAUCGGGCGACUAAGGAAAACAAAUCUCUCCGAAUUGCCCAGUGUGCCCCUACCCUAAAAGCCAGUGAUCAGUAAAUCUUUAAAAGAAAGGGACCAAUGAUAAAUUGGUCUCUUUCUUUUAAAGAUUUAUAAUUUGUUUGAACAUAUUUUUGGAGCAAUCAAAAGGUGCAUUUUUUAAAUGUAGUUGGCAUAGUUACUAAGUAUUAUGGGAUGUUUUUACCUAGUUACAUUAGGUCCUUGACCCCUUGUAGUUUUUAUAUGCAUUUGCUGUAUAGAGGAGUUACACUGCAGAGUAUUAAGAUUAACCCUACCAUGAAUACAUAUAAAAUGAGAUACAUUCAAUUUCAUGUGCACACAUCCAUGGAAAAGCUUUGGAUAAAUUUAGUUGUAUCUGUUUUUUUUGCAUUUAUUUGCACUCCUAUGGGUACAGACACAGCAGUGUAAUACUCCAGGUCCUCUGUAUAGCAAAUACAUAUUUAAAUGUGUAAGGGCCCUAUAUGUAUAUCUAUAUGUAUGGGACCUAUAUGUAUAUUAUAUAUCAGGACUUGGCACCCUUGGGCUGCACUUGAGCUACAGGUGGAGGAUGAUCAGUGAAUAGUUUCACAACAGAUGAUAAAAAAGGCCAACUAUCCCUCCCGAAUGUUCUUCAGUCUACAACUGAUAAAAAUAAUCAUUAAUCUCUGCACUCAGCAUCCUAACAUUAUAUCCCCUGCACAUGAAUGGUGGGAAAGGUCUUUUUUUAAUGUCUAUUCUUUAAUGCUUUUAUUUUGUGAUCAGUACUUGAGUUAAUAAAUUGUUGUAUAUUUUUUUAAAAUUUGCAAGAGUUAACAUUGUAAAUAGAGAUUAAUGUUGCAUACCAUGCUUUGAAAAGUUUUAUAUACUGUAUUUGAUAUUCUUAGUGCACUAAUUCAGCUUCCUGAGAAAACAUUCACUCCUAUAGGUGAUCAACAGCCAUAAACUGAUCUGUUUGGGAGCAACUCAAUUAUAAAUCCAUUAACUUUUUACCUCGACUUUCAUUAAUUGCUCUCGUGUGAUCGAAUACUUUAUAUAACGCACUUCUGCACUGGCUGGACCAAUAGACUGUGGUGCAGGACAAUGGACGGAUCAUCAUUGGAUCACAGACCCGAAAUUUAGGGGCUACGGCUGUUGUCGUUUUAUUAUCACAGUAUUGUGUGUAAAAUCUUGAGUAUUUACAAAGCUUGGCGAAUGUAAUAUCUGGUAUAAAAAGGUAUUAAAAACAAAAAGUUGCAAAGAAAAGGCAGCAAAGUCAACACGUUUAAAACUAGAUUUUCCUGCCAUGAAAGAUUAGAUGGUGUAAGCCCCUGACUUUGUCUUGUUGGCUUAAAUGGAUUACACCAAGGAGGAGAAUUUGUAAAACUACAGGAAAAUCGUGUAAAAAUAAGAAAUAUUAUUUAACUUAAAAAAAAAAUGUCAAAAUCAGAAAAGUCAUGUCAUGUAUACAGCGGUUUUGUGCGCUUUAGUGUUCUAUUGUCAUUCCCAAAUGACUCCAGACAAAUGUUCAGUUUCAAGUUGGUGUAAGUUUUUGUUGCCGUUAAUAAAGUCAAUUUCAUUAAGAGUUAAACCAGCGAAAGAACGUUUUACAAACAAAUGGCAUAAUGCGGUGUUAAUAAAAAUAGAAAAUUAUGAAAUUAAUGAUUUUCUGGAGUAAACAAACAUUUCACUCCAAUUUAUUUCCAAACUAUUAAUUAGGAUGGUGUUAUAUAUAAUUAUUGUUGACAUUCAUCUGCCAUAAAUGAAAUAACCGCUUUCUAAGUAGAAUUAUUAUUAUUUUUAGAGAUUUCGAUGAUUGCGAAGCACAACAUUAAUUCGCUUGGAACGACCACAACGAGGCUUUAUGAAUAAAUACUCAAUAUUUUUGCACUCCUUUAACAUAAUCAAUACACAUGCCUAUUUAUUUGAGAGGCUUAGAGGCACAGUUAUUGUAGGUCGAAUCCAUGCGGGUUCAAUUCAAUUUAUAUUUUUCAGGUUAUUAAAAUUUUCAAGACUGCCAGAAAAAGUUCUAAUUCAUUGACACAUUUAUCAAAGCUGAUUUUGGUGUAAAAUCAUUGGAAUGUAUUUGAGCAGUUAAAUGUGGUUUUGCUGUCUGGGUUGGUAUGGGCUCAACUGUGACCUCUAUCACCUGGCCGAGUCCUUACUCCCCUAUUAAAACUGCUUGCAGCGGGAUUCAGCCAAUUAUAUUCCAAAUUUCCUAUCUAUUAUACAUUGCUUUUUAAAAAGAUAUUUCAAACCUACAGGCAAGUUCGAUCUAAGGAUGCCAGCUGAAGAUUGGGGUCACUUAAAUUUUCCAUAUCCAUUACACCCGCCCAGUCGCAGACAUUAGAGUAGGUUCUGCUGCUUCUUACAAAGUGUCCAUUGAAGGACAUUCAAGCCAUGUAAUAACUAAAGGGAAACACGCUGCCUUAGAAAUAAUGGCUUUAUCUUCUUUCAUGUCCUACUGGGUAUUCCAUGGGAGGCCAUUGGUGGAUUCCAUCACAUAAGGGCAGUGAGCAUAAAGAUCAUUGUUUCCCCAGGAAUAUUUUUAUCACAUAUUUCAGGUUUUCCUCUUACCGUAUAUACUCGAGUAUAAGCCGAGUUUUUCAGCACCCAAAAUGUGCUGAAAAGUCUACCUCGGCUUAUACUCGAGUCAGCUGGAAGGAAAGAUCUAAAAAGUUUGCCAGUAUGUUAAAGUUGCUGCAUACUCACUGAUCUGAAGCAUCCAGUGACUCCUCCGUGCUGCCCAUACUUCUCUCCCCUCGUGGCUUGAUCCUCCUUCCUUAGACCUCAGCGACCCCCUUCUCAGCUCUCGUUAAUCUGUCCUCCCUCCUGCCCCUCUUAAAGCGAUACCGACAGGUUUUCAAUAAUGGUAUAGUAUAUGAAAACUUAUAUGUAGGUUGCGCUUUCUAUUUUUUAUUGUAGUCACUCAAAAACUAUGUUUGCGAUACCUCAAAGAUCAAGACGCACUUCCGCCCGACAUUACGAUCAGGCUUGAGGUAUACAUCAAGCUGUUCCUACUCUCCUCAGGGUGGCAUUAAAAUGUUGCAGCCUGCGUUCCCGCUAUGUGCUGGAUGACAUUGAGGCGGAAACAGAAAGAAAGCACAGGUAUCAUGGCGACUUUUACAGACUCAGCGAACGUGUCCUCUAAUGUAUGCUUAGCAAUGCGAAGGCAAACAUGAUGCGGAAAACAGUGGGUUUACAGUGGAAGGGUAAUAUGAAGACUAUUACAGAAGUUUAAUUUUCAGAAGUUACAGCUGUCAGAAUCGCUUUAAAGGCUCAUUCACUUGGGUGAGGGCAGGGGGAGGUGGCGGCGAACGGGAAAGAAAAGUUCAGGAUGUUCAGAAUGUAGUCUAGUCCGUGGCGGGCUCAGCACCCCGUCACCAGUCAUAAUACCUAGAGCCUUCUUGGUGAAUUGAAGGAGUCCCCCACCCAUGACUCGGCUCUGUUAUUACGUGACUCUGUGGAAACAAAUGCACUUACAACCCCCCCCCCCUGCAGCUGCUUUCUAUAAUAGAGUAGUGCUGGGAUGCAUCCGCUUAUCGCUAAAUAUAGCAGAGGGAACUCUGUAUUCGAGCAGGUAUUUACAUUUAUUCAACAGGCUGCAAAUUGUCCAUGUCCUAAAAUGCAUUUCUCACCCCUAGGCUUAUACUCGAGUCAAUAUAUUUUCCCAGUUUUCUUAGGUAAAAUUAGGUACCUCGGCUUAUACUCGGAUCGGCUUAUACUCGAGUAUAUACGGUAUGUUGUAGGUGUUUUUAUGUGCAGAAUACUCUUUCCUAUAGAAGAAGCAUCUGGUCUGGUUUCUCUUUAAAGGCUGAAGAAAUCACUACAAAGCAACAUGUGUUUUGCAGUAUGGCGGCCUUAUUUCAUUAUUUCAGAAUAUAAUUUGUGCAUUUGUUUUUCAUGGAGUUCCAUUGAGCUUUUUGCAUUAGAGAUUUUCAUGCUGUGAGUCCUGUUCUUUGCUUAUUGACAGGAGUGGCACCUAACUAAUGUGGAUAAAGUAGUGCAGGCAGUGUUAGAAGCCUUCAUAUUAUACAUGGGCAUGUGACCGAUGAUACAGAACAUUGUGUGCCUUUAUGUCCAUUGAUGUACAAACAUCUAUAAAGUCCAAGUAACUGCAGCGCACUGUGUAGAUGAAUCAGCUUUGUAUCAUGGGGAUUUUAUUGGCUCACACAAAAAGUAGAGAAAAAAAGCAAAGUUUCGGGCCUCACUGAGCCCUUUAUCAUGCCUAUAACCACACACACUAAUCUGUGUUAAAUAUACAAUAUAAUUGUAUACAAACAGGAGUUGCAUUAUUAUGGACAUUCUCAUAAAUCCAGAUGGGACAAGGGACUCAUUUGCCUCACAAUUGACUUUUACCAGAAUAUUAGGCAUGGACUUGCUAAGCAAUGGAUACCUAUACAUCUAUAUGGUUCAAUGUUCUGGUGGAACCAAUUACCACUGUUGUUCCCAUUCAGUGUCUCCCCCUACCUUCCCCCAUUUCUAUACGCAAUGGACAUUAUAGGAUUGGUUUAUUAAUAAUGUAUAUGGUUCAAAGUUUUGGUGAAAGCAAUAAACACAAUUGUACCCAACUAAUACCUCCUCUGACCCCCCCCCCCUUCACCAAACACUAUUUAACACAGAUUAUUGUGUAUGGUUAUAGAAUUGAUAAAGGGCCCAGUGAAGCCCGAAACUUUGUCUAUUUUAAAAUCACCAUGAUACAAAGCUGCUUCAUCUACACAGGGUGCUGCAGUUACUUGGACUUUAUGUAUAUCUACUGACCUGUGACACAUUGGGUAAUAUACUGUUCAGCACCUGAUCCAAGUGGAUAAUACACAGUGGUUGAGCACUUCAUUAUCAUGUAUCUAGUGUCUUCUUAACUGUGACAAAGAUGGACAGCGUGUAAGUGCCAAGGCCAUAGUCGCUAUUUUCCUUCUACUCCAACCAGUGUUAUUCACUGAGACAGACUUACAGUUUAUUAGAAAUAGUGGAAGUGUAUGAGAGUAUAUGACACUUCAGGGAUGGAAACACUGCCUGUAUCUGACAUUAUUUCACCAGUAUAUUGCCAGUAUAUGUGUUGCUGUUAUUUAAAGCCACAACCGGGCAUUCAAGGAGAUACUACACAUUAACUUCUAAAUAUAUUUAUAGCCAAUGCCUUGUUGCCUUGCAUCCGUUUGCAGCCUCAGUGUUAGAGCCACUUAGUGAUCCUGUCCUGGAGUCUUUUUAGUGAUAUUACUGCAAUAGCUGAGCCAAAUGCAAACCAUAAACCCCCCAUUUCUUUCCCAUGGAAGUGCUUUGGAAGAAGAAUUCCUUGCGUUGCUGCUAAUGGCCGGCAGCUCGUACUUAGUGCUGUAUUUGGGGAUGUGACGUGGGAGCACCAUGACGUUUCUUGAGUGAGAGGGCGUUUCAAGAUAAGGUGCCAAAGUCCAUUACCCUCUAGCAACUCAAUGGGUCCAUGUGUUAGUCAAUCUCACUUACAAAUGUUAAAUAACCAGUGUGUGUGCGUGGAAGGUUGUUGUGUUGGGAACAAUUACAGGACCCA